GUCCAAAAUCACACAACAAAUCAAAAACUUUCACGGCUAUCUUGGUAAAUUAUGAUUUUGAAACUUAAUUUCCUGGCGAUGUACUUAACUAAAAUUAUUAAAACUAUGGAAGUUUCUGAUUUGUAAAACAUUUUUUUUUAACACAAGGUACCUGUUUCAUAUAUUCGGUCCGUAUGAAAGAUUUAUUUGCUGUAAAUUAAAGUUUUGUUGCAAAGGAUUUUAGGUUUCCUUCAUCAACGUUACAUAGUUCUACCUGUGGUAAAAUACUAUUUUUUGUAAAUUUUUCAUUUUCCACUUUUCUAUUUUUAUACUUAAUAUUUUAAUGUUAUUAUUAUCAGUAGAUUAAACAUUUCAUUUCAGACUAAAUAUUUUAUAUGACAUUUAGUAAGUACUUUAUGUCACACAAGUAUGAAAGAUGCCGCACGUAUUAUAGUUAAUCCAUCGUGUAUGUACAUCACAAGUUGUAGGUGACGUAGGUAAUACUCAUUAGUCUGAAUGGGUAAACUAAAAUACAUCCAAAUCCUCACAAAUCUAGUCAACAUCAGUAUUCAUAAGUUAGACUUUUAUAACUGUUUAAGUACCUACACCAAUUAACUACUUAGAAUUUAAUUGUUAUUAGUUCAUCAUAAUCAAUCGUAAUAAUCAUAGAAUAUAGUGUACUGUUAAUAAAAUAAUAUCUUAAUCUUAUUUUUUUACUAAAGAUAUAAUGUUAAAAUACAUAAGACUAAUAUAUUCCUGCUUAUACUGUGAACAAAUUUGGAAUUAAAGUAAUCCAAGUCAAACAUUUAUUUUCGACAGAGACCCCAGUUUCCCUUUUUAAAGGUAAUUUAUAAAUAGGUGAAAUGCAGCUUAAUAUAGCUAUUAUUUGAUGAUACGUUUGUUUGUUAUAUAAAACAUAGUGUGAAUGCGCUACGCGGGCAGCCGAUGUUAAUAGCAGCCACCACAUUUAUUAAAUAACUAUUGCCCUGGCACUAUCGAGUAAUGCGUCAUUUAAUAAAAUAAUAUAACUAUCAAAUCGAUAUUUAACUUUCUGGCUUCUUUAAACAGUUUGCUUUUAGUUGAUUAGCUUAACUAAGUACAUCAUUUUAUGUUAAGUGGCUUCUUCAAAUUUACUAAUAUUUACUUUCAUCUAUUUUCUUCCCUUCAAUAACCCUUCUAACAUCAUAACUAUGACUAACAGCACAAAAUGUAAAAAGUAUUGUGUGGCCCCCACCUGCAAAUCCCUCUGAUGAUGAACUGCCAAAGUAUGAACCUAGUACAAAGCCCAUGAACCCCACGAAUGGUAGAGAACAAACAACAAGGGCGGUAACCAAAAGUAAUCCAGACACUAAGAUUGCGGAUGUUCAACAACAAUCUGUGGAACAAUUUGUAACAUCGUCGAAACAAAGAGAUGAAUUCUCUUCUAGUGUUUCAUAUACGUCUGCAGCUAUGUCUUCUAUGAUGGCAACAUCUAAAUCUGAAUCUGUCGUACAGAGUAAACAAUCACAAAUGGUGCAAGAAUCAACCAGUCGAACUAUUCAGUCUUUCUCUCAAGAAUCUUCUGAAUGCCAGAGUACAACUGUUUACCAAACUCAAACGUGUCCUCCGAAGUCUUUAGCAAAUCCCUCUCAAUCAAUCAAUCCUCCGAUCAAUGAAACUACUAAAAAAGUUCAAAUGAUUGAAUCGAAAGAAAAUAUGCAAUCAAAACUAGCCACUGAAGUAAAAUCCGUGAGCGUCUCACAGCCUCCGAAAGCACAAGAUCAAGUGCAGGUCCCUCAAAUGACUAAUACAAAAGCCGAACCGAAUAUUGCCAGUGCUGUGCAAGAAUCCGUCAAUACGAACCAGGUGGAAAAACAUGAACGCGAUAGUGAGGCGAAGCUCCAAACGAAAACUGAGGAAGUAAUUACGAAUCAGCAAAACUCAUCGCUUGACACGCAGAUCCAAUCAAACGAUAACAGAAUUGAACAACCAAAAUUAAAUGCUCAACCUGCGGCAACAGAGACAUUGCAAGCAGGAACGAACUGCAAUGCAAUCAAUCAAAACGUUAGAGGAUCAUUGGUGGAUGCUUUGACCACUGCACCAGAUCGCCCAUAUUCACCUCUGCCUACACCACCACAGCCUAUUAGUAUAAUGGGUCAAACUAACUCAGAUGAGAAAACAGUCCAGCAUGACGUGCCAGCAGCUUCGGAAAUAAAAGAUUCCGCCGAAAUUUCCAAUAUGCAAUUACCAACACAACCAUCUCCUAUGUUCCUUCAGGAAAAGCGUAGUAUUAGUCCGAUACCGCCCAUAAAGACGUAUAAUCCUCCUGAAAAAGUGGCUCCUCCUGUACCAAUGCCUGAAGAAACCAAACCGUAUAUCCCACCCGACUUUAAAAUAAUAAUUGAACCGAAAGAACCCCGUGAAGCAACAUCUUCACCUAUGAUAGAUGCUUUAACAAUAGCACCUGACAGGCCCUUCACGCCCGUAGCAAUGACCUACGCUAAAAAUCAAUUAACAGACAAUGAAAUAUACGAUCAAAAUCAGGUGACAGGUAGGGGAUCGUGUGACCAAAAUCAGUCACUUGGAAGAGGAUCACUAAGAGAUGCAUUAACUAUUGCUCCCGAUAGACCAUAUAGUCCUUUUGGCACUACUAGCACCAGCACUACACAAUCAACGCAGUACAUGACGAGUACUAUAUCCCAUGUGACGGAAACUAAUAUCUCUGAUAUCGUGAAGCCUAUUGCUACGCAAACAUUAACGCAAAUGACAGAUCAAAUGCAUUCUGAAUUUUCAGCUAUGCAAAAUACUUGUAAAUUACAGUCAUCUUCAGAAAUGUCGGCAUUCAGACCAGUGCCCAAACAAGUAUUCCCUCCCCCUCAACCGGAGGAAUUUUGUAAACUAACAAAUUUCCCACCCAUAAGUAAUGAAUUAAAAACCAGUUUUACACAAGCCACCAAAACAAAACAAGAAACAUCAUUUUCAGAGUCAACGAUGAUGCAACGAUCUUCACUUUCAACUAGUGUGGCAACUCAAGGUUAUUCAUCUGUUAAAAGUGCUCAAAAUUAUUUUGAGCAACUAGAUAAAAAAGAAAGUCUCACUUCAACAGCAGUUAGGUCUAAAUCUGGACUACAUAGACCUGAUAGCAUUCCACCUUACCAACGAAAUUUCGAGCAAUUGCCAUCGCAACGAGGCAUUUCGCCGGAUAUGUAUAACGCACCGGCAGUUCUGCAAAGGCCUGUUACUCCAUCAACCGCUCCACCGACUAGGCCAAAAGAAAAAUCUGUGACACCAAAACCAACCUACACUACUCCUCAAGCAUCAACCUACCCUGCUCCUCAAGCACCAACCCCAAAGUUUCAACAAGUAAAGACGCCAGUCCAACAACCUCCUGUACAAUUCCAUAAAGAUACUCCUAUUACUAUGACCUUUCAACCAGUAACAGAUGAAAACAUCAUGAGAAUAUCACCAGCACGAAGUCGCCCAACCACACCCAGUUUAAUUAACAAACCAGCACCAAUUAUUCCCCAUUAUCAGAUGAAUUUAGUCACAGUAGAACAUUUGGCUCCGGAAAGUCACCUUUAUGAGCCGUCUAGCCGCGAAGGUAGCAGAUCUCCUACUCCAAAACCACGAUCACGGUCUCCUGCCCAAGGCCCACCACCAAAUCCAUUAAAAGCUCAUGCACCACGUAUUAAAGAUUCGACUCCACAAAAUUAUACGAUGGAGCCAUUCAGUUCACAAGAUGCUGCAAAUUUGCGGAGGCAACAUGAAAGGGAUCAAAGAGAGUUCCAGACAGCUGCAGAGAUAUAUAACACAAGUGGAAGCAAAAACUGGGGUUCAAUGCAACCAGUUGUUAAGGAACAAAGACAUUCAAAUGUGGGUUACAAAAGCGAGAAUUACACAAAAGGCGAUAUGAAAUUUAAAGAAGACUCUAUGAUCCAGGAAAAUUACGGCCAAAGACAAAUGCAAUCUCAAAAUGUUGUUGAACAAGGCAAUACUACUGUUCAAACAACUAGAAAAACAUUUGAAGAAUUCGAAAGGACGCAGUCUGCUAAAGUCAUAGAGAUUAGAAAAGGAGGUUCAUCAAUACCUGGGGCAUACGCACAAAACAUGGACUGUAACAUUCGGCCUUCUAGUAUUAACCCGAAGCAAGUUUUUCCACCCCCUAUGAUGAGUUUGCCAUCUACACAACAGAGUUCAUCUCUUAACCUUACUAAUCAAAAUAUGACGUCCGCCAGUAGAACGAUAGACAAUUACGAUCCAAAGCCUUCGAUUUCUGGUGCUAACCAAGGUCCAGUGUGUGAUCCUACCCCAUCGACAGGUUCGAGUGUAGGAGCUGCCGCUCGUGGCAAAACUUUCGGUGUUUCAUCUGCCCCAAAACGAGGAAGGGGAGUUUUGAAUAAAGCUGCGCUGCCCGGCUCCCGCGUGCCACUAUGUGCUUCCUGUAAUGGGCAUAUUAGGGGUCCAUUCAUAACGGCUUUGGGCCGCAUCUGGUGUCCGGAGCACUUCAUUUGCGUAAAUGCAACGUGUAGGCGUCCUCUUCAGGACAUUGGCUUCGUUGAAGAAAAUGGUCAGCUCUACUGUGAAUUCUGUUUCGAACAGUACAUCGCGCCUGCUUGCGAUAAGUGCCAUGCCAAAAUUAAGGGCGACUGCUUAAACGCCAUCGGCAAGCACUACCAUCCUGAAUGCUUCAAUUGCGUCUACUGUGGAAAACUGUUCGGAAAUAAUCCCUUCUUCCUAGAAGACGGUCUGCCAUAUUGCGAAGCUGACUGGAACGACCUGUUCACGACAAAAUGUUUCGCUUGCGGCUUCCCGGUGGAGGCAGGCGACAGGUGGGUCGAGGCGCUCAACAAUAACUACCACAGUCAGUGCUUCAACUGCACGGUGUGCAAAAAGAACCUCGAAGGACAAAGUUUCUUCGCCAAGGGAGGUCGACCUUUUUGCAAGACACACGCCCGCUAGAAGUCCUCAGCAUAUAAUGUAUAACUCUGACACUGUUUACAUGACUACUACUUUUCGUCCCGUAUCUCCUUCUCCUAUCACGCCUCCUUUAAAUACGCCCUCGCCGCAAAGAACAAGAAAGUUGGAAACGCCCCUCCACUUCGAUGGAGGGCUGUUUUCCGACAUAAGAAGUACAGAUGGUAAGUUACUCAGCAAGGUGACCGUAGAUCGAGUUCAAAAAUCGUCACGACAUGACAUCACUGAUUCACCGAGCGUUGUUACCGAUGGACAUAAUUAUGUCGAUGAUAUCGUUAAAACAGAAACAAUAACGAACGAAAAUGUCAUUACGGUUAAAUUCACUCCCGUGGCGCCAGAACUUGACUCUCCGAGAUUGCUUACACCAUCUCAGAUGUACAGGGCUCAACAAAAAAGUCCAGUUGAAUAUCUUAAGGAUAAUUUUGAAGAUUUACAAAGCUACAAAAUUGUAAAUUCAGUUUGCAAAGAAAAGUUACUUGAAAAGGAUAACUUGGAACCUGUAUUUAAAGAAAGUAGAAUUUCCGAGUCCCGUGACAUUUUUGUUAACUCCACGUGUAAAGAAUCGUUUUUGCACAAAGAUGUUUUCGAAUCGGAACUCAAUGAAAAGGGAAAAACUGCAAAUACAAUUAAUGCUUAUGAAUCUAUAAAGAGAGGACCUAGCCCACUGGCAAAUCUUGCGGCUUAUGAACCAAUAAAGAGAAGCCCAAGCCCACUGGUAAAUCUUGAAGCUCAUGAACCAACAAAGAGAGGCACCAGCCCGUUGGCAAAUCUUAAGGUUUAUGAACCAAUAAAGAGAAGUCCAAGCCCAUUAGCAAAUCUUGAGGCUUAUGAACCAAUAAAGAGAGGUCCAAGCCCAUUGGCAAAUCUUGAGGCUUAUGAACCAAUAAAGAGAGGUCCAAGCCCAUUGGCAAAUAUAUUGAUCUCUGAGCACCUAAGCAAAAUAGAUAGUUAUUUGCAGGAGAGUUUAGACGUAUGUUCAGGAGUCAAAGGUAGGGUCACUCCAAUACCGAUUAAUAUUGAAGGAUAUGAUAAAUCGGGACAAAUAAGUGAUGUUGAAAAGGUUCUUCAUGCAGGAGAAAAACAUGAACCACAGGUAGCACACGCCACGACAGCGACAAGUCAAACUACUAACGAAAGUAAGCAAAGCUCAAGUGAGCGUCAAGAAGAAAGAUUUAGCUAUCGUGCAACAAGAACACCAGAACCUUUUGUCGAACCUGCGUCAAAAUUAAACAGUGAUAAACAGCGUGGAGUGCUGAGUGCUAUUUACAAUAUGCCGAUACAUUAUCAUGCAGCGAUUCUGUGUUUCUUUUUAAUUUUAUACAAUCUCAUAUACCAAUACGUAAAGCAAAAUUGCCAUGGAAGUAAAAAGUAGAGUGAGUUUGACAUAAAAAAUGCAUACUAAAAACUAGUCAUUGAAUUCAGAGACAUUGUCAUUUUGUUUCUAUGUUUUUACCAAUUUGAUGUUAUAAGUUGUAAAUAGUCACAGGUAACAAGUAUUUCUUGCGUCUUUUGUGUACCUACCAAUAAUACCUACUUUAUAAUUAACAAUUUGGUGCUUUUCACUACUAUUCUAUAAAUUGCUGGCAGUAUUGUGAUACUUCACAUUUGGAAUAAGGCUUUGUAUACAGCUUCCGGAAUGUUGCAGUAAACUGUUACUAACAUUAACAGUAGUCCUUAAUUUGUAAAUCAACAAAGCAAUUAUACAGAGUAUAAACUAUAACAAUAUAAUCUAUCAUACGAAUACAUAUAAUAAAUAAGUAUCAAUUGAUUGGUGCACCAACAUACAAAGUAAUUAGAAUAUUUCUUUUAUAAACAAGUAGGUACUCCUGUAAGAUUAUACCGAAAGUUUAAUAUUAAUUUCAUGCAUUAGAUUGUUUAAUUACUUUUUUAUCCUGCUAUUUGUAAUAAUAUGAUGUAGAUGAAUAAAAUUUUCGCAAUCUUAUAUAUUUACAGUUGGUAAUAAUCUUAAUUUUAAGAACUAUUUAUUUAGACUUACUUUAUUGCAAUUAGCAUAACACAUAAGUAAUAUGUGGGCUUACCUAAAUAAAGUAUAUUUUAUUUUAA